AGAUUCAGACAUCUGUUCUGAGCCGAAAAGACCAGUGGCAGCGUCUUUCACUUUAACAUUACUGUAUGAUAGACUGGGCCGACUAACAACGCAUUCUGUACGGUGUACACAGAUUAUAUAGACUUAUUUGUAAUCAUAGUCGUUUUUUUAUUUGGCGGGGUGCUUCAGUUUGUCACAAUGACAGCCUUGUCGCUGCUUUUGAUGGUCGUGUCGGCAGCAUCUGUGCUGGCUGAGUCCACUGUCUUUUUUCGAGAGCAAUUUGAAGAUGGGGAUGCCUGGAAGAGUCGCUGGGUGGAAUCCAAGCACAAGUCAGACUACGGCAACUUGGUCCUGAGUGCAGGGAAGUUCUAUGGAGAUGCAGAGAAAGACAAAGGUCUGCAGACGAGCCAGGACGCCCGCUUCUACGCCUCGUCAUCUCGUUUUGAUGACUUCAGCAACCAGGGCCAGCCUCUGGUUAUCCAGUUCACUGUGAAACAUGAGCAGAGCAUUGACUGUGGUGGAGGCUACAUUAAACUGUUCCCCUCUGGCCUCAACCAGGAGGACAUGCACGGAGACUCGGUCUACAACAUCAUGUUCGGUCCUGACAUUUGUGGCCCUGGCACAAAGAAGGUUCAUGUCAUAUUCAACUACAAAGGCAAGAACCAUCUGAUUAACAAGGACAUCAGAUGCAAGGAUGAUGAAUACUCCCACUUGUACACACUGAUAGUCAACCCUGACAACACUUACGAGGUCAAGAUCGACAAUAAGAAGGUCGAGUCUGGCAAUCUGGAGGAUGACUGGGACUUCUUGCCUCCCAAAAAGAUCAAGGACCCUGAAGCCAAAAAGCCAGAGGACUGGGAUGACAGGGAGAAGAUUUCCGACCCCGACGAUAAUAAACCAGAGGACUGGGACAAGCCUGAGAACAUCCCAGAUCCUGAUGCUAAAAAGCCUGAUGACUGGGAUGAAGAGAUGGACGGAGAGUGGGAGCCUCCUAUGGUUGCUAACCCUGAUUACAAGGGUGAGUGGAAACCCAGAGAGAUCGACAAUCCUGCCUACAAGGGCAUAUGGAUCCACCCUGAGAUUGACAACCCGGAGUACACAGCCGACUCUGAGAUCUAUAAAUACGACAGCUUCGGUGUGAUUGGACUCGACUUGUGGCAGGUCAAGUCUGGUACCAUCUUUGAUAACUUCCUCAUCACCAACGACCCAAACCUGGCAGAGGAAGUAGGCAACGACACAUGGGGUAAAACUAAGGACGCAGAGAAGAAGAUGAAGGAAAGCCAAGAGGAGGAGGAGAGAAAGAAACGGGAGGAAGAUGAUCAGCAGAGGAGAGACGAGGGAAAGGAGGAAGACGACGAGGAGGAGGAGGAGAAAGAUGAGGAGCAAGAUGAGGAGGAAGAUGAAGAAGAGGAGGAGGAGGGGGAAGAGCAGCAGGAGGAGGAAGAAGAGGACGAUGAAGGCACAGACUCUAAACUCAAGGAUGAGUUAUAACUCUGUGCAGGAACUGACUGUCUGUGUCAAUGAGCCAGUGGAACGAGGCUGAACACUGAUGAGAUGAUAGACCCUCAUGACUGACACCCUGGGGUGGAGGGGUAAUAUGUUUGUUUACAAAGCAAGGAAGUAGGUCAAAAAGGGCAAUUAUUGUUCUGUUUCCUGUUUCCAUGUGCUGCUACUACUACUACUAUUAUUAUUAUUAUUAUUAUUAUUAUUAUUAUUAUUAUUAUUAUUAUUAUUAAAAGAGGAAUAGUAAUAGAGUGAAGUGUGAUGUCAUAACGAAUGUCAAGAAGACAGGAAAUCAAUUGAUCAGUUUAUACCCAACAGAAAUAUAUAAAUUGUCAUUUGUGUUCUUUGAAAAUCUGGGUUUUUAUGAAGUAUAAUGUUGUAGUGACAUGGAAAGCUAUAUUUGGUGUGUGGAUGAUACCAUGAACAUGUCUUGUUUACCUCAUGUGUUUUGUUUUAAUUAAUCUGUCAUGUUUUUUUUGUUAAUCUUUUGCAGUCAUGCAUGUCACUCUGUCUCAUGGCCCCCUUUCAAAAGCUUCGUCAAUCUCAAAGGAUUCGACUGGGUUAGACACCAUUACACAGGUUAUCUUGCCUGCUCUUAUUUAAACUUCUUGAUUCAAACUAGGGUUAAUGGCACAGGGACAGUAGUGCAUUAGGACUGACACAAUAUAUUUGACAACCUGUUGAAAGAAAGCCGUCGUCUAAAGGAUGGUAAUACAGGGUGCUUUAAGAUGAAAUCCCUUGCAUAGUGUUGUACUGUAUAGUUAACACUUUAUCACGUCAAUGCACAUACUGUAGUCUUGUGUGUCUAAAUAAACUGUGCUCAAACUCAGUUGUACAUUGAGAGCACUCAGUAGCAGGUAAGCUUAUGCUCAUUUACUCGUUCACUUUUGGUUUAAUCAUAGUAGGUGUACACAACCAGUUUUCCUCAUUUUUGAUGCUAAUAUCUCCACACUGCUGUACCCCAACACACUCUCCAAAACAGAUGAUCCUUUUGUAAAAGACACAUUUUUUUACUAAUGUUAGUAAUUGAAGUGGGGAGAUUUUCAUGUUGCUGUGUUAAAAAAACAGACAGGUGUUCUGUCCAAUAAAAUCAACCAGUGGAAAAUGA